CUUGGAAAACUCGAUAGCCACCAACUAGCUUUGCCCGCCUACCGCGUAAGAGCUCCUUACUGGGCACGUAUCUCAACGACGACGAUCGUAUGCCAAGAUCAUCUCCGACCACCUUAUUCUCUCCCCCUACUUGUAACAUGACUAGUGAGAACUUGGCUCCCCAACGCCCGCACGCACUGGGACACGGGUUCCUGACUCCGUGCCUGACUUCGAGCAGUAAUCCCCGUAACUUGUUGGUGCGCUCGAAGAGAAUUGGUUUCCUCCCAGUGUCUGUCUGGCCUAGUGAACCGGGCGUGGUUUCCAAGUCCUCCAUCCGUUCCCUUGGGACAAUUGUGGCUGAGAGAUCGAUAUCCCCUUUCUCUUCUCUGUUCGCUCCAGAGAUGUUACCUAAUUUUCUCUCUCAAGCAGUCCCUCUGGCCAGAUUUUUCUUCGUCUCUUUGGUGGGGUUAUCCUUUUUCUCCUUUUCUCUCACGCAGCAGCAAGGAGAGAGACACUGCGGGAUGUUGCAAGUGAAACAAGCUCGUCAAUCGCGGCCAAAAUCCGAUUGUUACUAUCCAACUCUCGUCUCGUGGACUGGACGAAGUAGACCCAUGCUCCGAAGAAAGAGAGACCGACACCUUGAUCAGAUGAAAGGCGAGUGACGUGAUGUCCCAGGGCUGAUAUUGGCUUACAGUAGUCGGCACCGGCUCGACUGAGAGUGGUUAUGUUUCUACACUGCGGGUAGACUACGAGACUACGUAGCGGUCUUGCUCUGCCACCACUACUAUCCAUCCUCACCUGGAUUAUUACAAC